CCCGCCCUCAGCGCUGCGGGCCCGCCAUGGCGGCGACGCGGGCCCGGGCCGUGCUGCAGCAGAGUUUCUCCGCCCGGCUGCAGGUGCGGCCCCCCGAGCGCGGCUCCGAGGCCCAGUGGGUGGAGAGACACUACAACGUUGGCUGGUGGGCUCAGCUGUCGGCUUUGUUGUGUGAUAGUGUUAACUCGGAGAGGAAAGGCCAGAUCCAGAGAGGGCUUGUUAUCUACAUAUGCUUCUUCAAAGAUGCGGAUGAGGAUCUUGUCCCAAAAAUUGUCAAUACACUGUUGAAUGUUAAAUUAAGUGAAAAUGAAAACGGCGAGUUUGUUUCUGUUCUUGAUUUACCAGGCGACGUACUCAUCAUACCACAAGCUACCCUAGGUGGUAAACCAAAGGGAAGAAGGAUGCAGUACCAUGCAAACAUUGAAAAAGAAAAAGGGUUGGAACUUUACUCUCAGUUUGUGACUUUGUGUGAAAAAGAACUGGCUACCAAUGCCAAAUGUGUGGAAGCCGGUGUUCUUGUCAAGCAUGGCACAUAUGGAAACAGGCAGGUGUUAAAACUGGAUACAAAUGGACCUUACACUCAUCUGAUUGACUUUUGAAAAAAGUAAAUUGUAUCCUGAAUACAGUACUGGUGUCUUUUGUUUGGCUUUUUUUUUCUCCUAAGCAUUAAAGUGCUUGAUUGCCUUGGGAGAUAGUUUGAAAAAGGCUUUCACUCAUCUGUGGUGGUUUUGCCAGUCCCAGUGAAUAGAAGGAUUCCUGAGACUGCCUUGCUAUAAUGAGUAUGUUUUUUGUUCAUAUGCAUCUGAAGUGUGCUCAAAAUAAUUGUUAAUAUUGAUCCAAAAAUUCAAAAUGUUUAUCAACAAAUAUGGGAUAAUGCAAUCAUUUUUUACUAAAAAAUAAUGAAAGAAGUAUUGCAUGUAUAGCUUGAAGAAGUGGUUUAUAGAUAAAAAAUACUUUAGAUGUACUUAUGUCAGUUUUUGCCUUAUGUUUUCUAUCUAUAAAAUGAGAAUGCUUUAUAACUAACUAAUAUAUUGGAAAUAAAUUCACUGAAUUUUUAGCCUCUUAGAGAGUAGGUAAUAAAUAAGAAAGUCCAUCCCCCUCAAUCAGAGUGUGUAAGGGUGGGAGAUGUAAGGUAGUACAGGAUUGAUCAUGGGCUGUGCAGGGAAGAAUAAGUGAGGCAUAUCUAGAAACCAGCAGUAUCACUGAAUUGCUUGCUUGAAAUUUGCAUUCUGAAAUCUCUGAUGUGUUUUGAUAGGCUGCCUGCUAUAGCUUGGUCUAUGUCCUUGUUACUGUGGUCUUGCUGUCUACUCAAUUCUUUCAUAACAGAGCCUCAGGAAAAGAACAGAAACAUUCAAAUGAAAACAAAAAUAAAGAUGGUACAAUGUA